CUCAGUGCGGAGCCACAACACCUCAAUUUUUGCCCCACCUCAACUCCAACCACGAGCGAGCGGACAACUCAUUACUAGCCACGAUCGAUUCCCCACAACACUACACGAAACUACACGACACUAUACUACGCUCGCAAUGGCGGAAAAGGUCGACGAUGUUGCUGCGCAGAUGGAGGAGGUGAAGUUGCAGAACGGUGGCACCGAUGCACAGAAACACGAGAACGCUGCUGCUGCUGCGGAGGACGAGUCCGCUGACGAGGAGGACAGCGCUGCCGCUGGCGAUGCUACGGCCAAAAAGAAGAAGAAGAAGAAGAAGCCCAAGAAGAAGAAGGCGUCUGGCUCAGCGAGCGUGCAGAGCGACCCACCGCGGGUUCCGGUCGACCAGCUGUUCCCGCAGGGCGUGUACCCGAUCGGCGAGGAAUGCGAGUACGCCGGCGACAACCUGAAGCGGACGACGGACGAGGAGAAGCGCCACCUGGACCGCAUGAACAACGACUUCCUGGCCGAGUACCGCAAGGGCGCCGAGAUCCACCGCCAGGUGCGCAAGUGGGCAAAGAAGGAGAUCAAGCCCGGAAUGACCCUGACGCAGAUCGCAGAGGGCAUCGAGGAUUCUGUUAGAGCGCUCACCGGUCAUGAUGGCCUCACCGAGGGCGACUCGCUCCUCGGUGGAAUGGGCUUCCCCUGUGGCCUCAGUCUGAAUAACUGUGCCGCGCAUUAUACUCCUAAUGCGGGAAACAAGAUGGUCCUGAAUUACGAGGAUGUCAUGAAGGUUGACUUCGGCGUGCACGUCAACGGCCGCAUCCUCGACAGUGCCUUCACCGUCUCGUUCGACCCCGUGUACGACCCAUUACUAGCGGCCGUCAAGGAUGCGACCAACACUGGAGUCAAAGCGGCCGGCAUCGACGUGCGGAUGUGCGACAUCGGCGAGCAGAUCCAGGAGGUGAUGGAGAGCUACGAGGUCGAGAUUGCCGGGCAGAUGUACCCGGUCAAGUCGAUCCGCAACCUCAACGGCCACGACAUCCACCAGUUCCAGAUCCACGGCGGCAAGAGCGUGCCCAUCGUCAAGAGCACCGAUACCACCAAGAUGGAGGAGGGCGAGACCUUCGCUAUCGAGACCUUCGGCAGCACAGGAAAGGGCUAUGUCCACGACGAUGGCGAGGUCUCGCACUACGCCAAGAACAUGGAUGCGCCGAAUGUGGCGUUGAGGCUGUCCUCGGCGAAGAAUCUCCUCAAGGUCAUCAACAAGAACUUUGGCACCCUGCCGUUCUGUAGGCGGUAUCUCGACCGCAUAGGACAGGAUAAAUAUCUUCUCGGAUUAAACAACCUCGUCCAGAGCGGAAUCGUCGAGGCAUACCCCCCACUGGUCGAUAUCAAGGGAUCCUACACUGCACAGUACGAACACACCAUCAUCCUCCGUCCCACAUGCAAGGAAGUUGUCAGCCGAGGUGACGACUAUUAGGUGGGUGGAUGGACUGGUUGGACUGGUUGGAUGGAUGGACUGGUACAUACUACCUACAUAAAAAAGCGAUCGUUUAUUCUCCUUUGUUUUUGAGUGGAUGGCUGGCUGGAUGGCUGGAGUACGAAUCUGAAAAAUUUGCGGUGCACAAUGGAUGGAUGGAUGGGCUUGGCUGGAUGGGCUUGGCUGGGCGGAGGUUGGGCUGAGGUUGGGCUGAGGUUGGGCUGAGGUUGGGCUGAGGUUGGG